AUAGACUGUCAAAUCCAUAUUGUGCUUGUCAUUUUCGUUUACUUGCAAUUUUUUGGUAUCGUGCAUCAUUUAUACUUCUUCGCAAGGCGAUCGAAACGAAUUUAGUUGAUCCCAAUAAAUUUCCUUCUCGUAUACAGAAAAUCAAAGUAAAAGCAAUUCAUCAUGGAAUUUAUGUCAAAUGAUUGGUUGACCGCCAAAGAAAGUACCGGCACAACGAUUAUGGCCGUGGAAUUUGAUGGUGGUGUUGUUAUUGGAGCCGAUUCACGUACAUCGUCUGGUACAUACGUUUCGAACCGUGUCACCGACAAGUUGACUCGCAUCUCGGACAAAAUCUACUGUUGCCGCAGUGGUUCAGCCGCUGAUACACAAGCAAUCGCUGAUAUUGUUUCCUAUUCACUUAAUUUCCAUGAAAAUCAAACGGGCGAAGAGCCAUUGGUAGCCGAAGCAGCCGCUGAAAUCCAAAACUAUUGCUUUAAUUAUCGUGAUCAAUUGUUAGCCGGUAUUAUUGUUGCUGGUUGGGAUAAACAGAAAGGUGGCCAAGUGUACCAGGUGCCAUUGGGUGGUAUGUGCAUUCGACGCGGCUAUGCCAUUGGCGGAUCGGGCAGUUCAUACGUACAUGGUUUCAUUCGGGAAUUUUACCGCGAAGGCAUGAGCCGUAAUGAAACCGUUGAAUUUGUCAAGAAAGCUAUUUGGCAUGCCAUGUACUUUGACGGUAGCUCUGGUGGUGUGUGUCGUGUUGGUGUGAUUACCAAAGAUGGCAUUGAUCGUGAUGUAUUCUUCGCACCAAUUGAUCCAUUGCCCACACAAUCAGCGGUGCCAGCCACAUCAGCCGUACGCUCAUAAGCAUCGACACAAUUUACAUUUCUUUUUAUUCGGAAAAUAUUCAGUUUUCUUACGAUUUAACAGAACUUUAUCAAUAAAAUUGGUCAAAAAAAAAGACUUUCCACAACAUGAAAAUGAA